GAGCAGGCAGAGUGUCACGUCAAGCUCACAGUGAAUAUCGUCGAUUGGUGAGUUCGCUUGUCAUUGUCGGCACUAUAUACAAUAACAACGAAGCACUGGUGGACAAUAAGCAUCACGACGAUGCUAUAGCAGAACCAAACCUCGUUGCAUCAACGUCGUUGUCGACGUCGACAUCGUAGCUGCCGUAGUAGUAACAGCAGCUCUGGAUUAUUACCAUGAAUUGCCAUCAGAUACUCAGCGGAGCUUGCAACGCGGGCGAUCGCUGUUAUGCCGUCGGAUCCGUCGAGGGGAUAUCCUUUACUGCUUACGCAGCUGGAUGUAAUAUAGUCAUCCUUGCCAGCAAUUUUGAGCGAGUACAAAUUAUUCCUGGAGCUGUACACAAUUACAUAAGGAUCAGUUGCUUGGACUGUAGUACUGACACUGGCAAAAUUGCUGCUGCUUACGAGAACCAAGUCUGCAUUUUUGAGCCAACCCCACUUAUACAUAACACAUGCUCUCAUCAAUUAGAAUAUCGCUGGGUACAAACUGGUAGUUUACAGACAGAAUCAAACAUCACAUCAUUAUCAUGGAAUUUAGAAGGUACUCGUCUCCUGACUGGAGGAGAGCUUUUACAGUUGUGGCAUCAAAAUAUCCAGCCAUUUCAGGAAGAACAGAUUGCAAAGCCAAAAGUAGUGCAAUCAGAGGAAACCGCACACACAACAGCUGAACAAAAUGUAACAGUACCAGGAAACACUACACAAGAUCCUGGAGCAGUUACAUUCUCUAUUGGAGGAGAAGCCGAAAGUCCACAGCCUACAGAUAUAAACUUGGCUAAUGAACCUGGAGCAUGGAAUUGUGUAUGGAAAUGUCGCACUGCCACACCUGUACAUCUUAUGAGCUUCAGUCCUGAUGGCACACUGUUUGCAACCACUGGAAUGAACGAUAGAUUAGUAAAAAUUUGGUUUGAGAAUAAGCAAUUGUUUCCAUCUAAAAGUCUUGAUCCUUCAAACUUUAGUCAGCAAAUAUCAAGUGACAGUUUUAGUUUUGUGUAUGUUGCUCACCCUCGUGCUGUUACUCAUAUAUCGUGGCGAAAAACUAGUAAAUAUAUGCCCAAAGGAUCAGUAUCUAAUAUGUUAGUAACAUCGUGCCGAGACAAUAUCUGUCGUGUUUGGACAGAAACUAUCCCACCAGAAAUUGAGGGUUUAGCAAAUAUGAGUCAGUUUGAAGGAACAGAUAGGCACGGUCAUCAUGGGAAACAUCGUCAUCAUAGUAUGCAUAAACAUCGUUUCAUGCAACGUCUGAAACAUAUGAAAACGUGUUUCCAUAUACGUCGACAUGCGAAGCAACAGCAACAUCAAGCAGGUCACACUGCGCCUACAUUACCAACGUUACCAUCGACUUAUUCUGUACACGAUUUUCAUAACAAUUAUUAUCAGAGUUCUGGGCAUUACCCUGGAAUGCAUUUUCAUUUAGCAGCCAGUAUUAAUGCAGAAACUGAUAUUCCAUUAGUUCCUAGUCUGAUCACAGACGAUCCAGAAAGAGAACCUAAUUUUAUUUUGCAUUGGUUAAACAAUAAGGAAAUGCAAUUUACAAUGCAAGCUGAACAUAUCUUGCAGGAGCUCACUAGAAAAGUAGUCGAGAAAGAGGAAGGUAUUGGUCAUCAUCUAGAAGGUGAUCACAUUGAUCACGAUUCAGAAGAUGAACACACGCCAAAGAAAGGAGCUCGACAUAUAUCUACGCAAAAGACCAACAUCGGCGGUCGCACAACCAGUCAGGAAGACCACAGUAGCGACGAGCAUCACACGGCUCACACCGCAUCUUCACAUCAUAGUCUCCCUCACAGUGCUCAGUCGCAUCAAACACUUAGCAAUACGACGUCAAUAAACUCUAUAGCAACGGAUGCAGCGACGACGAGCCAAGCACCAGAUUCCUUAGAUACAAAAAUCGAAACACUUCUACGUGACUGGCAUCAUAAUCCCGAUUUACUAUUUUCAAUUCAUCCGAUUGAUGGUAGUUUUCUAAUAUGGCACAUCGAAUGGUUAGACGAGUAUCAUCCUGGUUCGUUCCGUCAAGCACAGAUAUCAUUUUCUACUCGCAUUCCCAAUGCCUUCCCUUUGGGUGACGCUUCAACAAUGAGCCACAACGUUUCAAUGUACAGUCACAAUACCGGUGGUCCAUUGCUCAACAUACGUGAAGUCGCCAAGUCUUCCACAGUCAGCAAACCCAUAGAAACAACCGAAGCUACCACACCGUUACCGAGUCUGAUCGAGCAAGAUGAAGAUCAGUCAACAUUAACUUCGAGGGCUGGUGCUGAGUUGAUGAAAAACGUCCAGAAUGGAGCUGACCAAUUGCAACAUACGACGACUACUACUGGCUUGACUACGCAAAAUGGACAAGUACAAACUGAGGCACAAAAGCAAGCUCAUGAGAACAAUGUUAACGAUAUGCUUACUCAUCCAAGUCCCAUGGUCUCGAUGGUAUCAAAGCAUAAUAACGGCACUCUCAAUCUUUGGCAGCUGACUUUUGCCGAUAAAACAAAAUUCUCUCAGGUCCUAAGUAUAGGUCACGCAAUUCGUGCCUCUGGUCACCGCUUCCGCGUUAAUGAUAUAACCUGCCACCCUGUGCUUCCUCUACUGCUGACCACGUCGCAUCAUAACAUUCUGGACUUCCCUGCGGAGAGAUCAAGCGACGAGCAUGACGAGAACAAACCCGAACCUAUACACAUAUCACCGUUGGGUUUCUGUAGCGAAUUGAUCCUUUGGCGUGUUGACGCUGUUGGUCCACUCUCAAAGAGCGGCGGAGUAUCGGAACUGGCUCGAAUAAAUUCUCCGGAGAUUUCGGCUUUCAGCAAUGUUGCUUGGAUACCGACCCUCUUACCUAGUACGACACUGGGUAAUCUAUCAAACUCACCGAGUGCGUGUUUCGUAGCUAGCGACGGCGAGUGCCUACGAGUUUACCAAGCUGUUAUCGAUGCAAGAACUUUGUUGGCCGAAGUGUCUAUAAGCGAGAGAAGGAGUAAAAUGAUGGAUUCGAUGGCUAGUUUAUCCACGGAUGUAUCGUCGGACGACGGUGUAAGGCAUUCCAUUCACGAUAGAAUCAAACUCGUAUCUCAACAAUCCACAGCUAGACCUGGUUGCAUAAUUCAAUUGGAUGCUAUUUCCGACGCUACCCACGACUGGCAGAACACGCAAUUUUUGCAUGUGUUCCAGGAGCAACUGAUUACCGGCGAGAGAAACGAUGAGAAGCUCCCGGGCAUCGAUACUUCGUACAACGAUUUAGGAUUAAUGGAAUCUACACUAGACGCAAUGGUCGAUUUGCAACAAUCGUCAAUCUUUGAAGAGCCUUUCUACAUUGUGGUACUCGAGCGAACAGCAAAAGGCACAACAGUACAUAUGUGGCGUCUGGUUAUUGCUUCUCAACCAGAAUCAAUGGGUUUGACAGGCUCGAUGAUGUAUGUGCCAGACUCGCAACUAGUUCAGGAUGAAGAUGAGGAAGGUACACCAGCACGUUAUGGUGAAGGUGGGCGCAGAUCGCGUCGACCUAGUCAAACGGGAAAUCGCAGUCGUAAAAACAGUCAAGCUGAAUACCAAGAAUUUAUGCACAGACGACACCAUAACAGCCAUGUGCUCAUUACAACGACGAAAGUCUGCACUCAAGAGUUACCGAUUCCUGAUGGCGUUGAAUUAGUUCACGCUGCUCCAGCUGCUGGUCAUCUAAGCAGCUCGUCUAUUUAUCCUGCAUGCUUUGCGCCUUACAUCAUUGUUACAGCUUGCAGUGAUAGUACUGUGAGGUUUUGGAAAUGUAAGAUCAACAAAAUCAGCGACGAGCCUGGUGCUCUUCUCAAUUACGAAUGGUGCGAGUGGGAUAUGAUUCGAAAGGACAAAGAAUCAACAAUCGAUAUAACAGGUCAACCAUUGAACAUUAGUGCAGCUUAUAGCGGGCGUAUUGCGUGUGCCUAUAAAUACGGCAAGUCUUUUACCCGCCCGACCAAAGCUGAUCCAGAUUCGCGCUACGUCAACCUUUGUGUUGCGAUCUACGAGUGUGAAAGUACAGGUGGUAGCGAAUGGAUUCUUGAGGAUACCAUUCACUUAAAAAAUAUCCACUUACCAAGGAUACAAGUCGAUCAGCAUUUGGACUUGAGUUAUCUAUACGACAGCAGAUUCCUACAAAAGAAACAACGACUUACUCAAGUUCUCCAGACACUGAGCCAUGAGGACGUGCGAUCACCAAGAAAUGGAGAGAACGGAGGCGACAGUACAAAGGCUGGACUUCUCGCGGUACCAUCUUUCAGUACACUUCAAUCACUAAGAAAAUCAAUCAUUGAGAAUGGAAACACAUGCCCAUUAACUCAAAAACAUUUAGUUCAGCUCGAUUGGGUGUCCAAGGAAGACGGUUCGCACAUUCUCACUGUAGCGGUCGGUUCGAAAAUCAUGCUUUUUACUCCAGUCUGCUCGGAUCUUGCACAAGCUAACAUGAAAGCAAUGAAAGAAUCGCAGAGCAGCAACAGGCCGAUUCUCCGGAAAACUUCGUCAUUGGCACAGCCACAAUUCGUCGACGAGAUUCGUUGGAUGAAGCUUAGGAAGAUCGAACUUACAACUGCCGACGGUUUGCCACCUCUACCUAUGCAAAUCUCCUGGGUGAGAGAUGGAAUUCUCGUAGUUGGUAUGGAUUCGGAAAUGCACGUAUAUUCGCAAUGGAAGCCUAGCCCCAAUACCGAUUGCUUUCAUUCGGGUUUGCAACACCAAGAAUCAGACGAGUUUCAAGUAAGUCGAAACUUAAGGGAUGAGGAUUUGCGUACUUUAGCCAAUGAAACGUCGCAAAGAAGAAUAGCUAACGUCUCGUCGAUGCCUCAUUUAUCGCGCGUAAGCAGUAUCAACCUUACGAUGUUGGACGCAAAAAAGAAACGAGGAAUACAGAACGAAAAUGUCAGUAUGGAUUACAUGCCUGAUUACGGGCUGUUUGAAGCAUCAAGGAUCGCUUGUCCGGUCCUUCCUCAAUAUCAUCCUAAACAAUUGAUGGAACUCCUUAACUCUGGAAAGAUUCGCUGGGUGAAGGCUAUCUUAGCACAUCUGGUUCGCUGUAUAAGCAGCUCUUGCCCCGUCAGAGCUGAUGACGAGAAUAUAGUUAAAUCGAAAGCCGGUUGGUCGAGGUCGCGGACUAUGUCGGUAAGCUAUAUGGGAACUACAUCACCGUUAGAACCAAGAGGGUCAACCACACAGAUACCCGAAGAGCUGACACUGGAUUACGCGGAGAUAACAUCGAUCUCGCCUUUACCAUUGUGGACGUUGUUGAUUGCUGAUAAGGAAACAAAUACCAGUCAACAGAACGAAGAUAAGCAAGACUAUAACAAAUUGUUCGAUGGUAAUGUCGACGAAGGCGACUCGCUUGAUGAUAUGCUUGACGAGGAUUACGAAAGAGUAGGCCAGAAGGAUCGUCGGCCAUCGGUGCCUGAACGCCAAGGAAUCUCAUAUUUUGGUCCCAGACACGGCAGAAUUCUCUCACGACUUUUGACACACACUCAUUUACCGGGUUUAUCGAGUCUCGAUCAAAUGCACUUGCUUGCCUUGGCCGACACGGUCUCCACUUGUAACGUAGACUUUGCUGAACGUUUUGCGAUAGACGCACAGAAGAGUGCUAUCGCCAAAGAAAAUCUGACAGGUAUACCCGAGGGUGAAGCUGUUUCCAUGGAUUCGUUAGACGAUUGCGGUUUGAGAUUCUUGCUGGCGAUGAAACAUUAUAACUAUCUCAUCAAGUGUCUGCCGCUGGCCCAACGAGCUCAGUUUCAGAAACAAGGCGUGUCUACAAAUAACGUCGUUUGGGCUUUUCAUUCUGAGUCUGAAGAGGAACUGCUGAGUCUCAUACCAUCGUAUGCUAAAGGUCAGCCAAAAUGGUCAGUGUUGAAGGAGUUAGCUGUUGGCUGGUGGAUUACCAAUAUGGCUGUGCUGAAAAGAUGUAUCGAGAAGAUUGCCAAAGCAGCAUUUCAACAAAAUCAAGAUCCACUCGACGCAGCGAUUUACUAUCUCGCUAUGAGGAAGAAGAAUCUCGUGUGGGGUCUAUUCAGGAACAAAAGAGACGACCGAAUGACCGCGUUUUUCGCUAAUAAUUUCAGCGAGGAUCGGUGGAGAAAAGCUGCCCUUAAGAAUGCAUUUGCACUGCUGGGUAAACAACGAUUCGAGCAUGCUGCUGCGUUCUUCUUGCUCGCUGGUGCACUCAGGGAUGCUAUAGAAGUCUGCUUGAACAAACUUAAUGACAUUCAAUUGGCGAUGACUAUCGCGAGGUUGUAUGAGGACGACAUGACCUCGCUGAAUCUUAAGAGGUUAAUGUACGAGGAGAUUUUAGGAUGCGAUAAGGAUGGAAAUAAUCAGGAUACCUACAGAGCACAUCCCGAUCCGUUUUUGCGUAGUAUGGCUCUUUGGAUUCUCAAGGAUCAUUCUGGCUCGCUAAAUACUCUAUUGUUGACUAACGUUGGCUCCAUGCAUCCACAGUACAACGACGAGUCUGACAAGCCUGAAGGUUCUACAGCCAAUCCCAAUGUUUUCAAUUUUUACGUUUAUCUACGCACUCAUCCACUACUUAUUAGACAAUACAUCGCAUCCACGGCUCAGGACAAAAAGAAGGGUCACUCGGUCGUUAUUUCUGGAUUCAGUUACGGUACCGAGACCAAAACUCAGCAAGAUAAGCAAUUGACGUUAGAAGAUACUAUAACUCCAUUAGAACGACAACUCUAUUUCACAACCGCGCAUGCACAUUUCAAAGCUGGUUGCCCAGCACUCGCUCUCGAAGUAUUAUCUAAACUGCCUAGCAAGGUAAUGGAAACGAAUUCUGAGGAUUCACCGAGUCUUUUGAACAGCCCUAGCAAAGGAAAGAGUCAGAACUUUGAGAUCAAUACUGGUACAAUCACGUGGGAUACUCCGAAACCUGAAGCGAUAGAUACUGGUAUAAGCACGUGGGAUACUCCGAAACCUGAAACGAUAGAUACAGCCUCCGCGUUAGAUUGGUCUCAACCUGUCAAGAAGGAGUCGGAUGAAUUAGUAUUGAACUGGGAUGACGAUCCAGUAGAUAAUGAUGAUGAGAGUCCACCUAUGAGCAUGAAAUUGGACCAAAAGAAAGAGAGUGUUGAUGUAAAUAAGGAUGAUGCUAUUGACGAAGCAACGAAAGCGUCCGGUCAGUUAGAUAUUAUGGCGCAACAGCUAAAGUUUGUGGCCUGCUUGAAGAUUUUAAUGGAGGAACUGUCGACUCUGGCUACUGGUUUUGAAGUCGACGGUGGGCAGUUGCGCUAUCAACUGUACGUUUGGCUGGAGAGAGAAGUUGACGCUUUGAGACAAUUGUGCAAUUACAGCGUUAGUGCUGAUGGAGACGUAGCUCACACUACCGAAUACGAAAGUAGUAUGAUCGACGAACCGCCAACACACCGACCAGGAGAGCAACCAACUCUUCACGAGAUUUUAGUUGCUGAAAAAUUCGACUUUGAAGCUAAGGUUCAAAGAGCGGCUAAACGAAAAAAGUGGUUGAAAGCAAACGAAACUUUACUACGAACAUUAUUAUCGUACUGUUCAUUGCACGGAGCAUCUGGAGGUGGUUUAGCAUCAGUUAGAAUGGAACUGAUACUAUUGUUACAAGAAUUACAGCAAGAAAAGACGCAGCAACAGCUGCUUAGUCCACUUCCCUUCCCUACAACGUUACCAUUAUUGAGUGCAAGUGUCGCGUGUAAUAAAACCGUUGUCGCUGAUCCAGUUCGUCAUUUGCAAUCAUUGGAACACGAUAUGCUUCAAACUAUGGUUGAAUUACGCAAUCCGCCAAUGCCUCAUAAAAACACCCACUAUUGUGAAGUAUUCAUUCUUCGCGAUUUAGCUGUCGCGCUGAGCGCUUGUAUCUAUCAAUCACUUUGUGAUUCAGAUACAUUUGUGAAUAAGCAUCAUCAAUCAGAAAGCUUCCCAACUGUAGCUGAAUACGAAGCUUUUUCGGGUGGCCAUUUAGUUGCCUCGAGUAGAUGUCAUCGUCGAUAUUCGACGGAUGAUACUGUCUGCAUUACAACUUCGCCUAGCAAGUGGCCAGGUGUCACAAGUUUACGAGCUCUAUUGGCUCGCGAAAAAGACGAAGAUGCUCCAAAACUCAAUAUACUUUUGUGCGAAGCUUUCGUCGCCACUUUUAUGAGUUUAUUUGUAUAUGCACUUUCAAGUUGUGAUAGCCACAUCUUAUACAGACUUGUUGGCCAUCACUUUGACAAUAAUACGUGGUCGUGCCUCUUUGGAGGAGGUGUAAAAAAACUGUUAAGAGUUGCUAGUACUAGUGGUCAGACCGGUUCCAUGAGCCUUGAACGACAAGAUAGUUUAACUAGUGAACUCCCAAGUUCUACUGCUGGAGGAGUUUGGAAUACAAUGACUUCUUUAACUAGACAACGCGUUAAGUUGAAUAUGAAAUUGUUAGGACAGUUUACAGGACAGCAACCAAAUAUGAAAGAAGAUAAGCCUACUUAUAGAGAACAGUUUGUAUCUCCACAAAUGAGUAUGAUUUCUUAUUUUCUUAUGAAGCCUCGAAUCGAGGGAGAGUUGUCGGAAGAAAUAGAUUAUGAUUCUUCAGACUCAGCAGUCUCCGAUUUAGAUGUCUCCGAAGAAGAAGACGAUAUAUUUGAUACAAACGCAAAGCCAAAGAGUAAACCAAAGGAUAAUAUUGAGCACAUGGAUCCUAAUUCUUACAGUUGGUGUAUAAUGCGAUUAGCAAUAGUGAAGAUUCUGCAGCAGCAGUUGCAAGAUUUCUUAAAUGUAGCUGGGAUCGAAAUGCAAGAAUUGCCAGUCAGUAGCCCGUUGAUACACGGUACACUAGGUGUAGUUGUGCAAUGGCAAGAGAGCCUCCGCGAGGAGUUGGACACCAAAGGUCCACCACCUGCUAAUUAUAUCCCAGGAUGCGCCCCGGAUCCUGUUCCAACUCCUGGAAAACCUGCAAUACACAAGUACCGUUCAUUACUGGAAAAAGGCAAUACACCAUUCAACACUCGAUUGGCCACCGCAGCACCAGUUAAUCGUCUGUGGUGUUAUUUAGUUAGACAAGAGUCUAUUCAAGAAAUUUUUAUACGUGCAGUAUUCGGCAAGCGUCGUUCACUCUCAUCUAUCUUAGAACCAAGUCACGGAGGAGCCGAUAAUACUACGCGAGGCUCUGCUACUGGUGAGGAUAAAGGUAGCGACAGUGGUACCACUAGCCUACCUGAGCCAGUUAGGAUUAUUCACAAAGAACAAGAUAGUAUUAGUGCCUUCUGCCUAAAUCAGGUGAAUUCGGGUUUGAUGGCUUUGGCAACACCUCGGGAAGUGCAAGAGAUGGAUAUAUCGUUAUUGCUUGAACUACCAUCAUGGUUGGAAGAUGAGUGCGAAUUUGAUAUUAUCAAUCUGAACAAGCAAGCUGAUCCUGAGCCUGCCCAGCCUACCAGUUUUCUAGUCAUACAAACGGCUGCAGAUAGGCCGCUGCUUGCUCAGAGUCCCCAACAGAACAGUCCACAACCGCAAUCCGGCAUUGCUAGUCAAAGUGGACGGGGUGCUAGCGUGAUGAAGGGGAUGCCCGCUUUUCCUGGCUCCCACGACCUGCGCUUCUGUCAGUUUGUCGCUGAUAGGAGUAAACACUUGUUAAAGCCGAUCCUCAAGCAUAAGAUUGAUGGCAUUAGACGAGUAUCUUCACACCCGCUACUGCCACUGUACUUAACCGGAUCUCAAGAUGGCUCUGUGUCGUUAUGGGAAUGGGGUCAUCAGACUGCAGUGGCAACGCCAAGACCACCGGGUACAUUUGCCAAAGUUACUCGUGUGCGCUUCUCUCAACACGGCAACAAGUUCGGCGUGGCCGAUUCCGAUGGACAUCUCAGUCUAUUCCAGGUGGCUUGCAGAGACGGCACCGCUCGUCCGUUCUUCAACUACCAAUGCCACAGCAAAGUCACGUCGGACUUUGUGUUCCUGGGAGCUUGCAGCCUGGUAGCAACCGCCGGUCAUGGCUCCGAAGGGCGCAACGUUGCACUUUGGGACACAUUGUUACCUCAAAAUAAAUCUCUCGUUCAAGGUUUCACGUGUCACGAUCAGGGCGCGAGUGCACUAAUACUGGCACCACAGCAUCAGCUGUUGAUCAGCGGUGGCAAGAAGGGUUACAUCAACAUAUUCGACGUGCGUCAGCGUCAGCAGCGCAAUCGCUUCCAGGCACAUGACUCCGCAAUAAAAUGCCUUGCUCUGGAUCCACAGGAGGAAUUCUUUGUCAGUGGCGCCGGUGACGGCGAUAUAAAAGUAUGGGGUUUAACCGUCCACACAUUAUUGUAUUCUUUCCCUGGGGAACAUCCUAGAUCAAGUUUCUUCAAGAAUAUUGGCCAGGGUGUCACACAACUACAUGUCGAUUCGGCAGGGCGCCUAUUUUCGUGCGGUGCAGAUGGUUCAAUGAAGGUUCGUCAACUGCCUGAGCGGGAUUGUGUUGUACACACGUAUUACUGAGGUAAUUGAUCUAAUUAAAAUAUCGACAUGUACUAAGUAGUACAGACUGCCUAUAAUUUGGGGGCAAAUAAUGACUAAACAUAAAGACCCCACUAUUUCAAGAUGAACUAAGAAGAGAGAACAAAUACAAUUAAAAAAUUUAUCCCGCAAGCAGACAUUAUCGCGAAAAAUUGUUGUCACCUAUAAAUACGUAUUUUCUUUAAUAAUCUAUUUCGAUAAUGAUCACUUUUCUCCUAAAAUCUUAAUGUCCUUUUAAAAAUACUUGAUCGAUUUUAUCGCAAUCUUGAUUCGAAUUAUUCUUGUAAGAGUCGCUCGAUGUUGAAUGUCGGUCGAUUUUUGUUAAUGUUUGAGUAUUGAAGGCAUUAUGUAUACGAUCUAAUGUUAUAUUAUUGAAUUCAUUUGGCAAGUGUACUUGACGAAUUCCAAUGCUAGAAACAGUUAAUAUUUUGUCGAGAAUGUUGACUCUAAAAAAACUUAUUAUCCAUUGUAAAUGUAUACUUUGACUUUUUGAAAUUUCUGUCGUGUAUAUUAUGGAAACGUGUAUAAAAAAAUAUAUAAUACAAUACAAUAAUAGUGCCAUAGAAGAAAAGUUUUGAGAGAACAAAAAACAAACAAAAGUAUUUAUAAAGAAAGUACACCGAAGGCUUGUUGAACGAAACAAUAUAUAUUAUAAAUGCCCGUUCGAAUUGAAUAUACACCGCAAAAUAAGAUCAAUACACAAUGUUCGCAGAUUAUACAGGUUAUGCAAAUUAAACAGUCAAGAGAUAAUUUCCGUAGUCUAUGAUGCUGUAUUUAAUUGGCACAUAUUGUUUUCAGUUUAGAUGGACUCUGUUGCUAUGAACGUGAUUUUAAACAGCUUCACAGCGUAAUUUAUUUAUUUAAAGCUAUAUAACUGAUAUUCAGAUCUAAGUUUUUAACCUCUACAAUAAAGAUUGUUUUGGCUGUUGAAUAGAAAAACGAGAAUGCAGUAUUUAUUAUUGUACUCGGCAUAUAACACAAUUGUUACUUGUGGCAAUGUAUUUAUAUAGUUCAUGUACAAAGCAAAAAAUUAUGUUAAUUUGAGUUUUAGUAAGCAAGGAAAGAAGAAAGAAAAAGAAAAUGUUUAUGAGAUAAUAAGAAAUUUGUUUGUUUAUUGCAAAAUGCACACGCGUGGAUCGUCAAGUGUGUGUAUAUAUAUUAUAUAUAUAAAUGUGUGUAAGCUGAGGUUUGAGUAAACAAAAAAGUGCUCUGUUGCCUUAAUUAUGACAAAUCGCUUGUUGUUACAAUUUAGUCUAGAAAUCGAUUCUCAACAGGUGGACACACAUGGAAUAUAUAACUUGUAAUAUAUGUAGUUACAAAUGCCUUGUUUCGUAUAUCACGUGUGAUUUAAUGAGAAAACUGUUACUAUACAAUAUUGUUGAAAAUAUAUACGAGAAAAAAUAAUAUGUGUGCUGCCUAGUUUGUAUAUAAUUUUGGCAUUCAAUUCUUUUCAAUAGUUUGUUACAAACUUUAAUUAUUGUUGUACAUCACAUGGGAAAAAAUGUGACAAUGACUGCAAAAGAGGUAUGAAUUAUGCCGACAAAACGUCUUGCAUCUUACUCAUCAGUAUAUCGUAAAGAUAAGUUUUAAGCUAUUAAACUAUUUAAAUUUUGAUGCUUUUGAAAAUAUUGAUUCUGAACAAAUCAGUUUUUAACCUUGUGAACAGAGUCAAGAAUAAUUUUAUAAAAUUUCACUUGUAAACGUUGAAGGUGAAGUAAAUCAGUAUUUUAACAUCUCAUCUAAUUUUACAAUUGUUAAACGACAAAGACGACCCCUACUAUUCGUUAACUUCAAUCAUUUUAAUAGUUAAUAAUGACUGAAUAUGUAUCAUUUUGUUGUUUAUGGAAAUUACCAUACGUUAUAUAAAAGCGAAUAAAUGAAAUAAUAAUAUGGCGCUAAGUGAAAAUUAAAAUAAAUCCGAAUUAUUAAUUUGAAUGCAUACGAAGUCAAUGGUCAAUCAUGUUCUGAUUUAACCGAAUAUUGUUUAUGAAUCGUACAAAAUAUUAAUACAACAAACGAUUGGUAAAUAUGAAAAUUUCAAU